AAUUGGGAGGGUACAAAGGGAAGAAAUCGAGGUGGAGCAGAAGAAGAACAGAGAGAUUCAAUGGAGAGAGUGAAUCAAACAUUCUUCUUGUCGCAUGGCUCUCCCACAUUGAGCAUUGAUGAUAAGUUAGAAGCAAGACAAUUCUUCCAAUCAUGGUCGGACAAAGUCUUUCAACACAAACCCAAAUCUAUUUUAGUCAUCUCUGCUCACUGGGACACCGAGUUUCCAUCAGUCAACACUGUUCCCCGCAACUCCACCAUCCACGAUUUCAAUAACUUCCCUGAUCCCAUGUACAAGCUUAAGUAUGAAGCACCAGGAGCUGUUGAGCUGGCGAAAAGGGUUAGAGAGUUGCUAAUGGGAGGAGGAGGAAUGAAGCGUGUUGAUGAAGAUACAGAGAGAGGACUUGAUCAUGGAGCUUGGGUUCCUCUCAUGUUGAUGUAUCCCGAGGCAGAUAUACCGGUUUGUCAACUCUCUGUUCAAUCAUCUCAAACCGGGACUUACCAUUACAACAUGGGCAAAGCAUUGGCUCCACUGAAAGAAGAAGGCGUUCUUAUCAUUGGAUCUGGAAGUGCCACUCAUAAUUUGAAGAAGCUUGACUUUAGUAUCACUGAUGGAUCAGCGGUUCCUUGGGCUUUAGAGUUCGAUCAUUGGCUCAGAGACUCUCUCCUACAAGGAAGGUAUGGAGAUGUGAAUGAGUGGGAAGAGAAAGCUCCAAAUGCGAAAAUGGCACAUCCAUGGCCAGAGCAUUUCUACCCAUUACACGUUGCAAUGGGUGCAGCUGGUGGUGAUGACGCCAAGGCAGAGCAAAUCCACACAAGCUGGGAACUUGGGACUCUGUCUUAUUCUUCUUAUAGCUUCACUUCUUCCCUUUGAAAUAUUUCAUCUUUACCUCCUUUCACUUGCCGUGUGACUACUUUUAAUGUAAGCACUGUGUAAGGCUAUAUGGAGAAAGAUCGAGAGUGUUAUGUUCUCUGUAUAAAUACGUAAUGGCCAGUGUUGUGUAAUGCAAGCAAGUGAAAAAAUCAGUUUCUCUCCCA